CAUAACGUCAAAUAGAUAGCUUCAUCAAGACUCUGGAGGCCUUGGUCGUGGCAAUGGAGGAGGACGAAUGGGACGACGCAUUGCUGUCGGAGAUCGCGGCGCUGGAGACGCGUCAUCUGCAGACGCGUGGCCAGCAGAAUCAGACCCAGAAUCAGUCCACAGUCGCUGCAACUACGAGUCUUUCUGGAGUCUGGAGCUGUAGGUCGUGUACGCUGCAGAACGAGGCGUCAAGAACGACAUGCCAAGUGUGUUCUACACCACGUGGUCAGGUCUAUCAGGCGACAGCGUCUGCACUAGUUAGGAAGCCUGUGCAUGUACAGGCUCGGCUUUCCUUUGACGCAACGUCGGCACCUGUGGCGGUGCCACCUUCGCAGCUGCAGAGACAGCAGGAAGAAGGCGGACGCUCUGAGCCAUCACCAUUUACAGUGAGAGACAGGGAACAGCCAAUCAGAAGCUCUCAACAGACCACAUUGAGCUCUACAGCCUCCGCACCAGGGCUUGUACUCACAUCUCGACGCUCAGAACACGCUACAGCUAAGAGUCCAGCCUCGUCAGCCCUAGAAAUCCCUCGACAUGCAGCAGGAGAAGAUCCUCAGGCUAGAAACAGGUAUCUGGACAUUGCAGCACGCUCAAACUUUCCCCAGAUCGACUACGAAGCCGCCCAGCACUUCGUGUACCCAACCAACUACUCCAUUCGAGACUACCAGUUGACUAUCGCAGAGAAGGCCUUGUACCACAACACACUGGUGUCAUUACCCACUGGUCUGGGCAAGACGCUGGUGGCUGCUGUGGUCAUGUACAAUUUCUAUCGCUGGUUCCCGACUGGAAAAAUCGUCUUCAUGGCGCCCACGAAGCCACUAGUGGCUCAGCAGAUCAAAGCUUGUCACGAGAUUAUGGGCAUCCCACUGUCAGACACUGCAGAGCUGCAAGGGAACGUGCCUCCGACUAUGCGUCGAGUGCUCUGGAACUCCAGACGCGUCUUCUUCUGCACCCCACAGAGCUUGCAGAAUGAUCUUCGUCGAGGAGUGUGUGCAGCUGAAAAAUUCGUGUGUAUUGUGGUGGAUGAAGCUCAUCGAGCUACAGGAAAUUACGCGUACUGCUGUGUGGUGCAGGAGAUCGAGGCAAAGACGCAUUUCUUCCGCGUCUUGGCUCUCUCAGCUACCCCUGGAGCCAAGUUCGAUGUGAUCCAGGACGUGGUGACUAAUCUACGUAUCUCGCACAUUGAAAGUCGCUCGGCGGAUGACUCAGACGUGAAGAAAUAUACCCACGCUCGACAGGAAGAGGUGAUUGUGUGUCGUCUGGGCGCUCAGAUCAUGGAGAUCAAGACGCAGUUCCUCAAGCUCUUCAUGCCGAUCAUUCAGCGACUUCUACGUGGUAAUAUCAUCCAGAAUAGCGACCCGGAGAAGCUCUCGAGCUGGUAUGUGCUGCAAGCGAGGGAGAAGUUCCGGAAAAGCCCCAAUUACGCCUCAAACCGCAGUGCAGAAAGUGACCUGGCGCUUCUCGUGAGUUUGCUGCACGCCAAGAGUCUGUUAACUGGCCAUGGACUCAGCAGUUUCCGAGAUCAGAUCGUGAAUUGGAUAGAAGAGCGCAAGAAGGGCAAAAUGUCGUGGUCUAAGCGAGAAAUGCUGCAAUCAUCAGAGUUUCAAGCGCUUGAAGCGAGUCUUGCAGUAACAGACGAUAGCAACAGCUCUAGCAACACUAACAGCCACCCGAAACUGGUUAAACUUCGUGAAGUGCUGCUGGAGCAUUUCCAACGUCAUGCUGCGGGCGGUUCAAGCACACGUGCCAUCGUGUUCACGCAGUAUCGGGCCAGCGUGUCGGAGAUUGUAGCUCUACUGCGUCCACUGGCGCCUCUGCUGAAUGUGCAGCCGUUUAUUGGCCAGGGUGCGUCUGGUAAAGCCAAGGAGAACAAAGGCCAGUCCCAGAAGGUGCAACAAGAGAUCGUGCGCAGGUUUCGACUGGGUGAGUUCAACGUCCUCGUGGCCACGUGCAUUGCAGAAGAAGGUCUGGAUAUUGGCGAAGUGGACCUGAUCGUCUCGUUCGAUGCACUCACGUCGCCUGUGCGGAUGAUCCAACGCAUGGGCAGAACGGGACGCAAGCGUGUGGGCAGAGUUAUUAUCCUAGUGACGGAAGGCGAUGAGCAAAAGAAACUGGCACGUAGUGCGUCCGCUGCGAAGACUGUGAGUCGCGCUCUCACGACGUUCAAGAGCAGGUUCGCGUACUCCAAGUGUCCUCGAAUGAUUCCCACUGGGAUUACUCCGCAGUUAAGAGAGUUAGAGAUGAAGAUCCCAACGUUCCAUGCGUCUCAGGUGGGUGGGAAGACUGCGUCGGUGGCACUGGAUCCUAAUUUGUGGCAACUUAGCGACGCUGAACGUGCAGUGGCGCUGAUGAAGUAUUUUCCGCCGAAUUUCGCGUCAAGCUCAAGGAAUAAACUGUUCCCAGUUGUUGCGAAUCGUGCGCAUCUGUUACGACGGCAACCACGGAGUUUAGUUCGGAAGGGAGUGGGGUAUUCCGCUCGGUCGCUGAUGUUGCAGAGUCUUGUACGAAAGAUCCACGAUGUGGAGGAAAUACUGGAGAUUGAUUCAGACGAUGACGAGAAGAGGGAAGGUAAAUCUAUCGCUUCAGGUGCUGAGCAGCAGUCGAAGUCCAGUAAGAAGCACCGUCGACUCAGAGUGAGUACGGAUAAUGCGGAAACUGACAGCGAGAUUGGCUCUCCGUGGCGACAGCCCAGUACUCCUAUUGAGCUGGAUGGGGACAGUAAAUACGACGAGUCUUUUGCUGCGAUGAACGAGUCGAUCAAUUCUUUCGACAUGCACUUCAGCCCGCAGUUUGUCGACUCGGCAACUCAGUUGGCCGCUGUUGAAGAAGACAGUCAGCCUAAGGAGUGCAGUAAGCGGCGUCAGGAGGGCUCAGAUACUCCCACCGCAAAGAAGCAGAAGACAAGCUCCGCUGUCGUAGAAUCUCCCAAGAAGACGGCGACUUCGAGGAGCGAGGAGGAAUCUGAAGCACAGACGGAAGCUGUAGCAAGAGCAUUUGGUGAUCAGAACGACAAGAAGUUUCAAAUGUCGGCGACCUUGUCCUUGACGCUCACAUCGGAUUCUCCUCGCCCGUCGCAGAGUGUGUGCAAGUCGGUCCAGCAGGCUACAGAGACUGCACAGUCUUUUGGAGAAGUCCCUCGACAUCUCAGCACGCGUCAAUUGCAAUUUGAUGAAGAAGUUGAUGACAAACCGCUCGAUCCGGCAAAACCUGUUGAUCAUUCACCACCGAAGCCAGCGUCAGAGACUCCGGAACAACCCGAGAAGCAUGAGAUGUCAGAAGUCGAAGAACACUCUGCAUUCUCAUUCGCGUUGCUUCCUCCAGAGAAAAGUGCAGAGACGUCUAAAACUGAUACUAAGGAAGGAUCAGAAGAUGAAGAUCAAGCAGAGGAAGCGUCAGCGUUCUCAUUCGCCCUGCUUCCUUCUCUCACUGGAGCAGGAGUAGCAUCAAUUAAAGCUUCUCCGCAGCCAGUUGAAGACGGAACUGAUGGCGACGAGGCGGAUGAAACACUCAAAGAAAAACCAACUGCCAAGAACGAGCUAUUGCGUACAAACACCGUCGAUUUAACGGAGAAGGAAGACCACAGCACCCCCAGAGAGACGGUAGAUACGCUGUCGAAGCAUCCAACGGGGAACAAGGAUGUCACUCAUUUGACAACUCCGAGUCAACAAAAAGAAGACGACGAAUGCUGCUCUGUUUGCCUUGAAAGUGAGUCCUAUGACGAUGAUCCUAUCGUCUUCUGCGACGGGUGCAACGUGGCGGUGCAUCAAUUCUGCUAUGGCAUCCGCGUUGUGCCCAAAGACAAGUGGUUCUGUGACGUCUGCACCGAGACACGCGCUGGGGUUAACGAAGCCAAGCCUAACCAGCCACGCUGCCAGUUGUGUCCACACCGCGGUGGUGCAUACAAGCGGACGACAUGUGGCCAGUGGAUCCACGUUCAGUGUUUCUUAUGGAUCCCGGAGUUUCGAGUGGAGCAGGGAGACAACGACAUGCUGGUUCUCGGUGAAUUAAACAGACUGGAUCCAGACCGCAAGACGCUGGACUGCUCCCUAUGCCACUCGACCAAAGGCAAUGGGAUUAUCCAGUGUGCACACAAGCGAUGUCUAACUGCCUUUCACGUCAGUUGUGCUGCUUUCGCUCACUAUCGCAUGGAUCAACUGGAUCCUCCUAAAGACGAAGACAGUGGCUGUGGCACUUUGUUUCUCGCGUAUUGUCCGCUGCAUCGCAACUCUACAGCUCCGAUUACUCUUCCCGAACAGAAGACUCCCCCACCAUCUAAGACUCGAUCGUCUAAGUCAUCUCUAUCCUCUCCGAGUCAUUUGUUAGCAUCGCCAUCGUCUGCAGAGGCCAAGAAGAAGUUCAAGACCUUCCGACGACUCAAGCGAAAGUACGAUGCCUCUCAAUCGCAAAUGUUCUCGCAAGGAGCGAAGGUAUCUCCAGUAGCGACGUCGCCAUGGCAGCAGAAGCGUAUCAGGAGAUCCAAGCGAAGACGAGAGACGUCUCGUGUCUUGGCUGCUGCGUAUAUUGAAGAUACAGCAGACGUUCGAGGUGCUAGAGGGGACGAUGACAAUGAAGAUGACUACGGAGACGACUAUAAAGAUGCAGCGGAUGACUCGUUCAUCAACGAUUCGUCCCAGUUACUGUACUCGCAGUCGGUUGUAUCACCUGAAGAGCUUGGUACCAACACGUCGAAGAAGAAGCGAAAGAAAUCCAGUCCCGAUAUGCGGGCGAUCUAUGCGCGAUCGCUGUUUGAGUCGCAGAGUUCUCCGCUGUUACUGCGUCGAGGCGGGAGGCACUUGGGGGCUCUUCCUUCGAAUGGGAUUAUUCGUGCGUGUCUGGAUGAACUGCACAACGGACCGAAGGACGUGGAUACGCCGUCUCCAAGACCAUGUUUGCGUUCUAGAGUGUCAGAGAUGGAGGAGGCAACGACGUUAUCUGCUCCGAUUAGUGCGUCGGCCACUGUAACUGAGUCGGAUGGAGACGAUAGCGCCACUGAAGCCGAAGCUUCGCCAAGUUUCAACUUGCUUGGUGCACUUCAAACCGUUCAAGAAGAGGAAAGCGGUGCUGCGGACUCUGAAGCUUCACCUAGCUUUAAUCUGCUUGGUACUGGAAGCACUACAAGCACUGGGUCGGCUACUUCAAGACCUCAGCGAUGGACUUCAAGUGACGCAAAACUGCCAACCGAACCAAUCAACCAGACUCAGGAUAGGGAUGAAGUGCACAUGAAGAUCGAGGCAAACCGCUUGAAGGCUCUCAAGAAGCUGGAAGAACGGCGACAAGCUAAGCUGCAAGGUCAAGCACAACCUCAGCCUCAACCCUCGAAUAACCAGACUAGUGGAUCCACCCCCGCUGCAAGGAGUACAAAUGGACCUGUUACUCCUACUCGAGAUGCUCCACGUUCGACUUCGACUAUCGAUCUGACAAGUCCAAAGCUGGCAAAGCCUGUAUCAGUCCAACCGAAGUGGAUUGUCUUCGUCAGCUCAGCGUUCGCCAGCGCCACUAGUUUCCCUGUUUUCCUAUCUGCCAAACACACCGACUGUACUGUUUCCAUCGCUGAGUCGAUGGAGGCAGAUUCUCUACUGAGUGUACGCACGGCAGUUCUCUUCCUGACAGGCCAACAACUACACGAGAUGGCUCUAGCAUCACCAGCGCAAAGUGUGGUCAAGAGUCGACGGGUUGGGAUGUUGUUGGCAAUGCACAAGAAACUUAUCAUAGCAGUCGUCCACGACGGAGGCGAUCCCCCUGAGGUACAACGCUUGAGGCAAUUUCCGAACGCUACAGUCAUCGUCCAGCCUCGCGUCGAGACUCUGUGUACGCAGCUACACCAGAUCUCCCAACAAGAACUCGCUGAAGGCUACGAAUUGCCGUCUCCCAGUCAGUGUCGACGAGAAUUUAACGGUGGUGUUGUAAGAGCACUGGAUGCAGAUUUUGCGUCGCGACUCAAGUUCUUCCGCUCGAUCCCUCCGUUAUCGCUGGGUAGUGCGCUGUCGCUGAGCUUCCGCUUCAAGAACUUCCCAGCGUCGCAGGUUCCUGUACUCAAGUUCAACGAGAUGCAUUGGAGACGCAUGUUACCUUGGAUUUCAGAGACCACAGCAGAGCAGAUUCGGGAAUAUGUGCAGCAAAAUGUGCGGCAUUGAGUCUAGACGAGGUGUCAUCUACGUUGAACUGCACGUCUAGUUCUUGAGGGACUCGAUGACACGGAUGGAAUCGUCCAAGGUCUUGUCGUCCUUACAAAAGGCCAGACGCACAACACCUGGAGCAAGACGGUUCUCUGGACGACUGAAGAAAGGAGACGUCGGGAUCACGGCGAGAUGACCAGCUUUGGCCAGUUUGUACGCGAACUGGUAGUCCGGGAAUUCCUGCACAAGUCAAACACUGUAAGCGUCACGUCUGGAUACGGUAUAAAAAACGCCGUAAACGCACCGUCUUAGGGGUGUCCGGCGUGAUCUCGAUGCCGCGGAAUUCGUCGUAGAACGGCAGACCUUCCACGUUGCAGCACACAAAGUAGCCUCCUUCGGGAACAAUCGGACGCCAAUUGUACGCCUGAAGCGCAUCGCACAGGCGGUUGCGCUUGGUCUGUAUCAUAUUAGUUAGAGUACACUAAUCAAUAACUUAAGGUAUUUUGGACCCCGUAAUUUACGGUACCUGUAACGUCUCC